AAUUAUAUCCUGAAAUUUUCAGUUCAAACGAAUAAUAUAAAUCAUAUUCGAAUGAUUUAUGAGAAUUGUCUCAAAAGAAAAGACAUUUAUUUUGAGAAUAUGAUUGAUGAAAAUUAGUCUCAUAAUGAUCAAUUUGAAAUAAUUUAGAUAUUCAAUUUUGGCGUACACGAAAAUCUCUUGAAGGUUUAUCUGUUCGAAGUGUUUUCUUCAAUAUAUUUCAAAGUUUAAUUGUUCUAUUAUAUGUAUUUGAUAAUGAAACAAAUACAAUGGUUCGUAUUAGUGUUUGUGUUGGUAUACUUAUUGAAUUAUGGAAAGUACCAAAAAUUCUUAAUUUCGAACGUGUACCAAAUGAAACAUGGUUGGGUUUAAUUCCAAAAUAUAAAUAUGUUUAUAAAGAAUCUUAUACUGUUACAUCAACAUCAGAUUAUGAUCGAAUGGCUUUUAAAUAUCUUUCAUGGGCAUUAUUUCCAUUAGUUAUUGGUUAUGCAUGUUAUUUAUUGAUGUAUCACGAACAAAAAAGUUGGUAUUCAUUUUGUUUAAGUACAGUUUAUGGAUUUUUAUUAACAUUUGGUUUUAUUAUGAUGACACCACAAUUAUUUAUUAAUUAUAAACUUAAAUCAGUAGCGCAUUUACCAUGGCGUAUGAUGACAUAUAAAGCAUUAAAUACAUUUAUUGAUGAUUUAUUUGCUUUGUUAUUAAAAUGCCAACAAUGUAUCGACUUGGAUGUUUUCGUGAUGAUAUAA